GCGCCCAAGGUACCGGUAUGCGAUCGUCAGCUUUCGUACAUAAGUUUACUGGUGUAGGCUUUUGACUCAAACGAAAUGAUGGAAAGGUCUGAAUGCCAGCCUCGUUACUAGCAUACGACAUACAGUUGUUAUUGUAAUGACUGUAAACAGGAAUACGGUGUUCUGUAGCACACUCUUAGAAUUGCGAACCUUUCAUUUAAUAAAUUAUGUGUUUUGUGACUGAAUACACACAUUAUUUUUCCGUUGGCUUCAGAGAGUACUUUGUAUAAGGAUGAGUUCUUUGAAGGGAGUUUUUGGGAAUCCAAAGCCCAGAGGUGGGAGGAAUUUCAUAAAGGAAAAUGUGAGGCAGUUGCGAAAAAUGGAAAGUAACUGGCAAAACAGAAAAGAAAUUGACUCUGUUGGUGGGAUGUCUAGAGCAACAAAAUUUGGAAAUGUGCCAGCAAUAAUACCUCCUUAUGUUAAUGGUUCCCAGUCAAAGAGCCGUGAGAAUACCAAAGAAGCCUCAAUACGAAUUUCGAAAGUGUUAGAAUCGCCAUCCAAAUUAUUGGAAGGCAGUCACUCAAGUUCAGUUGGACAUAUGACACAGGCUGGCGUAACCCAGAAGGGACAUAUGAGAACAAAAGGCUCUACAUCAAAAGGAAAUGGACCAAAGAGGAACAAAGAUAACAAUGUGAUUACAAAGGGUGACAAGGCAGAGCUCAACUGUCAAAAAAAUAUGAACUUGGUAUUUGAGAAUACAAAAGAUGCUACCUCCUCCACAGAAUUAUCUUUGGACAUAUCUCAGAUCUCAUCAGUAAACAGUGAAAGAGAACCCGCUGUGUCCAGUGCCACCAGGAGCAUGGGAUGCCAGACUAUUGAUCCCAAGAACUUCGACGGACUGUACAGUGAGGGAGUGAUUAAGUACCCAUCAACUAGACAGUUACCUGGUACUAAGUUAAGGCAUUCAGAAAAUAGGUUGCAGGUAGACAAGGUGCCAAGUCUUGUGAACAGGACAGACAGUGCAGCUAGUGAUAUGCUGACAUCUAAUGAGACCAGUGAUCCAGAUAUCCAGAAAUUAUCACUGUCUGAGCUCAAGCAGAACAUUGAUGAACCUCAAGAAGAGAGUCCUGAAACUGAUUAUGUGAAAACGAAAGUGACGUCUUUGAAGACUAGGCAGAGGUCUCCUGUUCAGUUAGUGAGCAGUCUUUUGAAAGCCCCUUCCAGCUACCAGAGAGGAGUCAUCCCAAAGUAUCUACAAGAACGUCGUAAGGAGUGGCAGAAGAAGGCAGAGCAAAGUGUGCUAGAUGCCCCUGACCCUGCCUGUCCACUGGGACAUGUUCCCCUGCCUGACUCUGAGAGGAAGGAAACUCUCAUAAUGCUCAGAAAAAGUUAUACAGAUUUGAUUCAGGAGCUGAAUAUGAUGCCUGUAAGGAUGGACACACUGAGAAUACGCAACAGAAAGAUUGAACUUGAGAAACAACUGAACAAAAUCGAAGAAGGCAUUAAAGUGUUUUCCAGACCUAAAGUAUUUGUUAAAAUAGGUGCCUGACAAACAAAUGUGUACAUUUGUGCAUCUAAGUGAAGCCUUGUAAUUACUUUAUGACAGGUGUCUGUGUGCCUUGUAUUGUACCGCUGUAAUCACAAACAUGCAGUAAUGGAUUCAGUUCUAAUUUGAAUGCUGUAUUGCUGUUGUUUCUGCUUGUCAUACUGAAGAGAAAAAAAGCUGCAAUAAAGAGUAAGCAACAAUUGUCGGUACUUGUGGGUUAUAGGGACACAUCGAUUUAAAAAUAGGUUAGGUUAGGUUAGUUGUCAUUUAUUGAAAUAAAAUAUAAUAACUAUUUUUAAAGCGAUGUGUCCCGAUAACCCACAAGUACCCAAUUGUCCAUAGGUGGUACAGAAUAGGAAUUCAGCAGCAAUAUUUACUUAUACUGUGUAAUUUUAAGUGGCAAUACGAGAUGAUUUAAUUAGUAAAAAAAUUGUGUCAAUGUGAUACUGCAUUAUGAAGUUCAUAAAUUCUAUAAUUUUUUAACAUGUUUGGGUUCUGUGCUGAACACAUACAGAAAUCAUGUUCUGGUUUAGUGUUUGAUUCAGGCUGAUAAUCCUCUCAUAAUUAGAAGAAAUAAAACAUACUUUGCCAGGA